AUGCCUGGUUUGGCCAGAGGGUCGCAAGCUCUGAUGGUCUCAGAUGCCGUUGGCAAGCUUGAUUGCGAUGGUGUGAAAACCUCAGGGGUGAGAAGGUCUGCUUCCUGGCGGCCGUUCGCUGAGCGAGCGGUGCUCGGGCGAAGUCGAAUUACGGGCCGCUCUCCGGGGGGCACGCACCGACCCCGCACCGCAAGCAGCGAACUUAAACCCCCACCAAGAAAUUUCGCCCCUCCAUUGCAUUCCAAGCUUGGAGCUUCCAGUGACAACACAAUUUCGAAGCUUCACAUUUUCACCCAUUCGAGACGGCCAAUUCGUUUCCCACCUGGUUGGCUCAAGACAUCGUCGUCAGCGGAGCACCGGAUCGAGCACCGGGUUUCUUCUGUGAAUCACCUCAGACAGGACAGGACUAAAUCGCGAAUAACCCCCCGCCUCUGGCAAACGUCACAUAUCGGUUCCCGUGUCGACGGACAUACCUCGCGAGACACCUCCCUCGCAGAGACCAUCUCGUACGAACCUGCUCCGACCGAAAACGAACCGAAACCGAAGCAAACUUGA